ACGGGGCAGAGCGGCCCGGCCGAGGGAGGCGGCGGGCGGGCCGGGGGCUCGGCGGCAUCGACCUGGCUCCGCCCGCAGCGCCGCGAACUUCAACCGUGCCUUUGUAAUAGUUCAGGAAGCUGCUGCUGUCUACAAAUUCAGAGGAUCUGUGUGAGAAUGACCAUGUUCUUCUGUCUCCCAUUCUUCGUAACUGGAUCUCAAAGCAGCUAUAGUUUGGAAGAGAGCUGUGAAUAUCCUGCUCAGUUAUGAGAAACAUUCACCAACAUAAAAAAGUGGAAAAAUAUUUCUCUUAAGAAAAUCAAAGGGCACAGAACCCUUUAAUAAAACAGAAGACAUUUAGUAUUUCAUAAGCUUUUGGCUGUCUGAGUCGUAAAAAAAUGAAUCGUUACACAAUUAUGAAACAACUGGGUGAUGGCACCUAUGGCAGCGUGUUGAUGGGGAAGAGCAAUGAGUCAGGAGAACUUGUGGCUAUCAAAAGAAUGAAAAGAAAGUUCUAUUCAUGGGAUGAAUGUAUGAAUUUGAGAGAAGUCAAGUCUCUGAAGAAGCUAAACCAUGCCAAUGUAAUAAAAUUGAAGGAAGUCAUACGAGAAAAUGACCACCUUUACUUUGUAUUUGAGUACAUGAAGGAAAAUCUCUAUCAGCUAAUGAAGGAUAGAAACAAGUUUUUCCCUGAGUCAGUCAUCAGAAACAUGAUGUAUCAGAUAUUGCAAGGGCUGGCUUUCAUCCACAAACAUGGAUUUUUUCAUAGGGAUAUGAAGCCUGAAAACCUUCUCUGUAGUGGACCAGAACUUGUGAAAAUUGCAGAUUUUGGGUUGGCUAGAGAACUAAGAUCUCAGCCACCUUACACAGAUUAUGUUUCUACCAGGUGGUACCGUGCUCCUGAAGUUUUGCUGAGAUCUUCUGUCUAUAGCUCACCAAUUGAUAUAUGGGCAGUUGGCAGCAUAAUGGCUGAGUUAUACACACUCAGGCCUCUUUUCCCAGGCACAAGUGAAGUAGAUGAAAUCUUUAAAAUUUGCCAAGUCCUAGGGACUCCAAAGAAGAGUGACUGGACAGAAGGAUACCACCUUGCUUCUGCCAUGAAUUUCCGUUUCCCACAAUGUGUCCCUAUAAGCCUAAAAACUCUUAUCCCAAAUGCAAGCAAUGAAGCAAUAAAGCUUAUGAGUGAUAUGCUGAACUGGAAUCCAAAGAAGAGACCUACAGCAAGUCAGGCUUUGAAGUACCCUUACUUUCAAGUUGGCCAAAUUUUAGGACCUCCCCCACAGUAUCUGGAGAAGCAGCCUUCUGUUAAACUGGUUCAGCCAACAGAGCCAAAGCCAUCUUUACCUAAACUGGAAGCAAAGCCAGAACCUCUGUCUUCAUCUGAUUUACCUGACAAAACACAGCCACAGCCCUUGCCAAAGGUUAACCACAAGCCUCUCCAGCAAAUUCAGUUGCCUCAGAAUACAGCUAACCAGCAAGUACCAAAGCAGCAGCAGCCACAGGCACAACCACUUUUUCCAAUUGUCAAUAAAAACUCAUCGCCUAAACAAACAGCUAGUGGCCCUCUGAAUGGUGUACUAGGUCCUAAAAACUGCAGAAGACGGUGGGGUCAGACUUUGGUAAAGGCUGUGGAUAGCUGGGAUGACUUGGAUGACCCUGAAUUUGGAAUGUCAUCUUCAAAGAAGCCUAGCAUUGCAAUGUUAAAAGAAAAGAAAAACAAGGAGUUUCUUUUUAGCGUGCCAGAACCAAAAGCUUCAUGCUGUAUCCAACCAGGAGGGGAAAACAAGAGUCUGAUGAAAAAUGAUUCUGAAAGAUCAAAUACAUCAGCAAAAGAUUACUAUAUAAACCAAUCAAGAUAUCUGCCUGGUGUAAAUCCGAAGAACGUCUCUUUAGCAGCAGUCAAUAAAGAAGGAUCACACGGAACCUGGAACAACCAGUUGUUUGCUAAAUCACUGGCAAAUGCUGGGGGAGGAUUGACUUACAACAGAAAUACUACAGAUGAGAACUUAAUUAUACCUAUUGAAAAGCUAUCAUGCAAAGAAAGGUUGAAUGAAAAAUUAGAAGAUACAAAAGGAAAUCCUGGCUUUGUAAGUAGUGGUGCUUACACCCCAUUGGGACUAUACACCUCUUCCUUCCAUAAAAAAGAAGUUGGAUCAGCUGGACAACGGAUACAGCUAGCACCUCUUGGUGCAUCUGUAUCGGAUUAUUCCUGGAAAAACAAAGCUGUUCGUCCUCCAUUACCAGGUCCUACUUUCAAUGCAGCAGCAAAAAACAUGAGUAUCUUUACUCGCCCCCCAACAAUUCAGCGAGUGCAUGGGAGAACAGACUGGGUGGCCAAAUAUGGAGGAAACAGAUAGAAAAUGCCAUCUGUGUGGAUAUUACAUGCUCUGUGUUCAGUUCUCUUGCACUUGGAAACCUGAAAAGCCUAUUUGCUCCAGCUUUUCCUAAGACUAUGCAACAGUAAAGAAGAAAAAAAGACCUUGUGUUCUAUUAUUUGUAUAGUACAUAUAAUACCAUGUAAAAUGAAGUAUUGUACAACACAUAUUGCCAAAAUUGAGAAGUAGAUUUCACCUGAUGUUUUCUAUAGAUAGAUCCCCUGUUCUCAUACUCUUUGGAACAACUAGGGUUAGGGUUGUUCAUCCAGUGCAGCAUCUGCUGCUGGGACAUGAUUGAAGCACACAGGCAGCACAAAGAAAGGCUGAAGCAGAGCAGCACCAGGCUUCCAGGUGUUAGGCUGGUUCCUUAGCAGGAAGACAAGAGUGAAAGCACAGAGCUGGCUUUGUGAAGAGCAUCAGUCUCCUGCAAGGAUUUCAGAACUCACUUGUAACUAACUAAGAGUUACUCAAAGGUGUAAAUAUUCAUCUAGCAAUGAGAACUGAAACUCUUGUAGUAGGACAUAGGCAAUCCACUGAUACUACACAAGGAAGGUCUAGAAAUCUGGCUGAUAGAGGGCUGUUGAACGAUACAGCAAUAUUGGAAAAUAGCUAAGCAAGUACUAAAUACUACUUACCAGGCUGUAAAGUGAAGCCUAACAAUCAGAUUGUGCUGUUUUAAUUAACUUAUUGCCAUUUUUGGUCAAUCUGUAAAGAUUUACCUCUGUCCUGUCAAGGGAGUGUCACAGUGACCUUAUAAUCUAAAUCACUGCAGUCUGUCAGUCAUUUUAAGGGUGAAUUAGCCAAAAAUGCCUAAAUUAUCACUAAACUCAUGUUCCUAUGUGUCUUUAUUGGGUGAUUGGACUAAGCUACAGAGUUUGAAUAGGCUACAUGAGGAAGACUGUUGGUCUGUUCUUCAAAGACAUUGCUUUCUGUUUUAGAUCUUAAAGGCCAAAUUAGGUACCUGAAAACACAGACAAAACUUGAAUAAUUCAGUAUGUCAGUGUUUAUUUGCUCAUUCAGUACUUUCCCCAGCUUUUAUGCUAACUUAUAUAAUAAUAUUGCCCAAAGGACUUUGCAAUGUACAGUGAAUUUUUUAUUAGGAUGUUGAGCUGGGCUACUUCUUUUAACAGCUGCAUUUAGAAUAAAUGCUUUAGACUUUAUAGUAACAUUAAACUUGCCCUUUUAAAGUAAAAACUGAGAAUGCUCUUUAAAGACAUAAAGUUGUUAAUGAUGACUUCAAGAGUUUUUAAAAAAUAAAUUUAUUUGUAUGGCUUUUAUAAAUGGAUAUUAAAAUUUAAACUCCUUUUUUCACCCAAUGUGUUACAAUGUAUGGGCUGCAUUAACUUCCUGGAAAGCAAUUUAAUCUGAAACAGUUGUACCAAAAAGUCAAAUAUUUUGUUAGGAAAAUUGCACCUAAAGUAAAUGCCGCUUUUUUUUUAAUACUGUAAGAGCUAUGCAAGGAUAGGGCUGUCUGGUUAGUAAUGCACUAGAGAGUUUAAUUCAAUUGCCACUGGUCUAGGAUUAAGGAUUUGCCAUUCCCUUAGUACUAAGAGAUGUCCCUAUGCUACUUAAAAGCAUCUUAAUUUAACUGUAGAAUGUAUCUGUAACUUGCUAUGGCAAUGAAGGACACCAUCAGACAGUUUGUAACAGGCAUAAAAGCUAUGAUUUUAUAAUUAAAAAACAAAAUUAAUCAC